CUUUUAUUCCUCAGGGAAUCCAGCUUUCUUUUCUUCCUCUCCCUCUCUCUCUCUCAACCCCAAACCCUAGCAAAACUUAGGGUUUUCCUCUCCCCUCCACCGCCAUGGGAACACCCGAGACUUCACGCGAGCCCUGCCCCGACCGAAUCCUCGACGACGUCGGCGGCGCUUUCGGCAUGGGCGCCGUCGGCGGCUUCGCGUCUGGCGGUGGACUUUUCUCUGGUUUCGAUUGCUCGAUGGUUUAUUUGAGGCAGAAGGAGAUCCUGUGGAACUUCCAUCGUUGCCGGAGCGCGACCGGGCGGACCGGCGGGUUCUUGCAGAUGCGUCAGGGCGCUAGGUCUGCUGCUAGGUCAGCAGCUUUUGGUGGGGUCCUCCUUGCCCUAAUUGAGGGAGCUGGAAUUAUGCUCAAUAGAGUUUUGAGUAAUCCGCAGAACUUCCCGCCAAUGGAGGACCCAGGAAUGGUGAUGCCACCAAAUGUACCUCAGGCAGAAGUUGGAGGUAGUGGUAUUCCUUUAAGUUACCAAAAUCGGACACAAACAAAUCCAACAGACAAGGAAUCAACUGGUUCUUCUUCUUGGCUUGGAGGGCUUUUUGGAAAGAAGGAGGAUGUGAAGAGUAGCAGUGAUGGUGGUGAAAAGACAUUGGAGAGUUUUGAUGCACCAUCAGUCCCAACCUUUGAGUUUAAGUAAUUCUAUUUCAUGAGCUAGAGGAUUUUAUCGAAUGGAUAGCGAAACACCUGCAACUGUUGAGGCUCGAGCACUGAAUCAGGGAUUAUGGAGGCUAAAGAACCUGGCUCUUUUUGUCAAUACGUUUUUAAGUAUUUGCCAUCUGUCUGUCUGCAACUCUUAUCUCAUAGUAUAUUUAUUUGUACCUUUCUUGAGUAUUAUAUUGCUUGCAUAUUUUUCAAGUUCUCAGAUGCAUGUGAGAACUGUGAGAACUUGAUGUGCAACUUUGCCAUACUUUGGCAUUUGGUAAGAUCUCGAUCCUAUCCUGAAUUAUGGUGUGUUGUAUAUUAAGCCUAUAGGAAAUUUUUGGUUGAUGCUAAUUUAUUAUGUAAUCUUGUUCA